CGCUGUCAGCUGGUCUGGUCACGUGGUGCGGGGUGGAAGGUCGCUCGAUCACAAUGGAGCUGUCGGAAGACUCGCUGAGGGGAUUGCAUCGUUUAGCGGAUCCGGCCCAGUUUAGCCUCAAAGCUUUCGGUGCUGUCCUCCGGGCGGCCUUCCAGAGCCUGAGCCCGGACCAGGCCGCACAUCCUGCCUUAGAUGACACAGUGUUUCAGCACAUCCCCCCGUGUCACAUAAAAUGGUGUCAGGCUGCAGCCACUACCUGUGUACUUGAAGCAGUAAGGAACAAUGUAGACAGAGCGGCUCUCAGCACAUUCCUGGAGGACUGCAGAUUCGAUAGAGAGAGGACGGAGCAUUUCUGGACAGAAUACCAGAAACACAGAGAGACUCUGGAAAUUCUUCUAGAAAACAUAGGCAGAGCCCCUCCACGUGUAUCAGAUGUGUCCUGGCGUCUUGCCUAUGAAAUAAAGACCAAUCAAUUGUACAAAACCUACAGACCUUCCUACUUGGUGAAAUUCAAUUUAGAGUCCCCGGAUACAAGCCAGGCCCAGGACAUUAGUUUUAAUUGCUCAAUGGAGCAACUACAGGAUUUAGUGGGGAAACUUAAAGACGCAGCUAAAGCUUUGGAAAGGACAUCCCAGAUGUGACAACACAAUUCCCUGUGUCCACAGAAGAAAUCAUUAUGUUUACCCAGAGACAUUUUUUGAUUCCACGAUGUUACAGUGCGAUUUCAUGACUUACUGCAUGGACUUUUUUUUUCAGAUUUCACAUCUUUAAUACUAAUUGUAUAUCUACUGCCUACCAUUAUUUUGCCAAUGACAGUUUCAGGACCUGGCCAACCCCCUCCCCGAAUGCAUUUACCGUGCCCAUAUUUUGUAUGUCACUUGUCAGCACGAAAUAAAUAUUAUGAUG